AUGUAUUCCUUGAAUCUGUUCUAUUUCCCACCCAAACCCGUUUACGAUUUCGAAGCUCCAAUUGACCCGACAGCUCAGCUCAGGUACCGGCGACUGCGUGUAUCUCAUCUCAUCCUGUCUUCGCCUCCUCUUCUCCCUUCUCAAACCUUCUCCUCUCCAUUCCAUUUGCCACUUAUCCCUCCCUAUCCUGGAGCUUCAAUGGCGGAGAAUGCCAGUGGUGGUGGUGGUGGUAAUCAGGGCUUCGCUGUGCUUACUAAGAAAAGGGCCGAGGGUAGAGAUGAAAGUGAUCGGAAGCUCAAUCCUACUAACAACCAUCUCUUCUGUACAGAAACAGCUGGUGGAAUUCCAGGACUGUUGCUAACUUUGGCUGGCAUUGGAGCCAGGCGAAAUGUCGACAUUCCUAUUCUGAAAUUCAAAGAAUUGCAGCACAAGACUUACAUACUUGUACCCUCAGUUGUUUCCAGCCCCGGGAUUCUGGUCACUUCAGCACCUAAAUAA